ACAUCCAGGUCUACAUCAGGAACAUUAGCCUCAAGUCGGGGCUGGUAGUAUUUUAUGUAAACAAAAUGAGCGAAUACGGUAUAACACUCCCGCAUGUUGCCGUCUCGACAGAGUUUAUUACGCGUGACUAUGAGGACAUCGUUUUUGGCGCGAUCGUUGGGGAGACGCCCACAGAUGAUAUCCUGCUCUGUGCGGGCAGAGCAUUUCGCCUGCUUAGCAGCAAACUAGGCGUUUCCCUGAAAGAGGAAGAGGACGAAGAGGAGGAGAUAACUUUCACCAACUUCACCUUAGCCGAUGAGCCUGCGGAGCGCGAUGUAUAUGCUACGGAUGAAGAUUUUACCAUCACUGCGGGCUGCUACGACGCAUUCAGCGGCGACAUCUUCAUCCGGGAGGGCUAUUCGCUGUUGCGGCUACGCAGUGACGGCUCAGUGGAACCGCUGGCGGGCCUCAGGGCGAACCCCGGCCGGGCCGAAGGGAAAGGCCUCAGCGCGCGGUUCGAGACUUUGGGUGGCGUUGCAUCCGAUGGCGUCGGGUCCCUGUACGUUGAGGAUGACAAGCGCAUCCGCAGGGUGCAGCUGCCGGCGGAGUGGCGGCGCGGCGCGCCGCAGAACCAUGGCAGUGGAAGCGCCACUCCCGCAGUCACGGUGUCCACCCUCCAUACAUCAGCCGACCGCGUGGACGCCCUCGCCUACGACGGCACCACCGACUCGCUCGUGUUCGCCUCGGAUGCCAAGCUGUUCAGGCUGCCUCUGCGCCGCGCCGCCGCCGCCGCGGCUAACGGUGCGGCCGGUGUCGGUGCGGGUGCCGGACCUGUCGCUAACGGCGCUGCGGGCGGCAGGGCGGGUGGCCGCAGCCGCAACAGUAGCGGGAGCGGAAGGGGUGGAGCCGCCGCCGCCGCGGCCCGGCUGGAGCCCCAGCUCAUUGCAGGGGGCGGCCACAGCAGCUCCGGCGCCGCUCCGAAGGACUUUGAGGACCCCUUGUCCAUCGCCGUGGAUGGAGACGGCAACAUCUUUGUCCUUGAUCGCGCCGCUGACGAUGAUGACGAUGAGAAUAUAGACUGCUGCAUCAAGGUAAUUCGCGGCGGCGGCGGCAUUGCCGCAGCAUCGGCGGCGUCCACGUCAGCGGGGGCAGGGCCGGGGGCAGCGGCACCCGCCGUGUGUGCGGAGGAGGAGGCAGGCGGCCUGUUUGACCAGCUAGACGAGGACGGCGUGCUUGUGAGCGGCAUCCCGGUGGACACUUACAUGUUUUCAGCAUGCAUGACUGUGCUGCGGAAUGGCAGCUUGGUGGUGGCGUGUCCCAAUGACCUCGUGGCUCUGUGGCUCGGGCUCAAGCCGACGCUUCUGAGGCCCCGCGUGUCUGCGCCGGCCGCGGCGCCGCCGCGCUCGUUGGCCUCUGACCUGGGCUCUCUGCUGGAGUCGCCGCCCGACGCCACCUCCGACCUCACCUUGCACGUCGGCGGCCGCAAGUUCGCGGUGCACCGAGCCAUCCUGGCCGCGCGCUGCGACUACUUCCGGCAGCGGCUGGCGGCGGACACGUUCGCGGACGGCGCCGCGGCGGAGCUGGAGCUGCCGGACGCGGACGCCGACGCCUUCGCGCUGCUGCUGCGCUGGCUGUACACGGGGGCCGUGGAGCUGCCGGCCGCCGCCGGCCAGCUCCAAUUCAUCGCCGAGCUGGCGGACCGGCUGCUGCUACCCGACCUCAGCGCGGCCGCAACACACAAGCUGCUGGCAGCAGUGACGCCGGCGACGGUGGUCGACGCGAUGCUGUGGGCGGAGCGGCAGGGCGAGGCGGGGGCGGCGCUGCUGGCGCAGCUCAAGGAAUGGUAUCUGGAGCACGAUGAGCAGGUGGUGGCGACGGCGCGCGACAGCCUGAAGCGCCUGGCGGUGGCCAGCCCCGACCUCAUGGUGGAGCUGCACGUGGCGAAAAAGAAGAGGCCGCGGGCGGCCUGAAGCGUGCGCAUGUGUUUGCGUGUUAGGAGAGGAAGGAAAAGGGUUGGCAAUGUAGCCUUGUGUGUGCGUGUGUGUGCGUGUGUGUGUGUGUGUGUGUUAAAAAACGAAACGAAAGCCCGCCCAACGACGCGACGGAGUUACUUACCGAUACCCACCAUUUUACCGAGCGUUGCGUGACUGUCGUGACCCAGGUAGUCAUACUUACCCGCGAUAAGCCUGGAACCCCACGGGCGACCAUUCGGCCUGACCCCGCGAUGCACCUGUAUGCGUCCAUGCUCCGCACCCUGGGCGCGCUAAACAACGUUUACCCAGCACGCCUAAUUCCCGGAUUCCCGCCCGCUGGUCGUAGUCGAGCUCACCUAUAGGCAAAGGUGGAAGCAUGAGCAUAGGGCGGCAGCGAGGAAGUGUCACGGGCAUGUGAAUGGCAACGGCGAUAAGAGAGGCGGCGUGCAGCAGACAAGCUAGGUAUCACGCGUCCCAAAUCCCGCCCACUAAGUACAAUAACACUAUUGGAAGAGGGCGAGUUAGCGGUGGCACUGCGACUAAACGGGGUCGAGGCUGCAUGGGGGACGUGGAUGGCGGGCGGCGGUUGCAGCGUUUCCGCGUGUCAAGCUGAUGUGUGUGCGUGUGACGUGUGUGCGCCGUGGGCUGGCGGGAGCUGGCCUCCCGCUCCCCACUCCACGGCGGCACCGAGGCUAGGCACGCUCGCGGCCGCAGUGGCCGCGUAGGCUGUGCGUGACGAGCCCCCCAUCCCCCACCCCCCAGAAUGUGUGUGUGUGUGUGUGUGUGUGUGUAAAUGUGUGUGUGUUAGCUUGCGGCGGUAGCAGCUGGUGAUGGUUGCAGGAUGGGUUGCAGUACCUUGGGCCGCAGCAAGCCGUUGCGGUGGUGCGCGGUGCCGGGGGUGCCGGCAGCGAUGAGCGCAGGGCGGCGAUACGGUUGCGAGGGGCUCCAAGUAUUGGCGUAGAGGAUCGGGUUGAUGGCCGGAAAGCAUUGACUAAUUGGGGCAUUCAUUGUUGUCUGAUCGUGCGUACCGUACAGCAGGAUGGCUCGCGUUGUGCACUGCACUGCAAGUGAGCAUGCAGGACAGGAUGGCUCGCGCUGUGCACUGUACUGCAAGUGAGCAGGCAGGUGUAGGUGGGCAGAUGUUGCGAGCAGCAAGGCCGGGCAGUCAGGCAAGUAUAUAUCGGAGGUCGGCAGGUAGGCAGGUGGGCACUGACACUGCAACUGACUGGGGCUUGGGACAACGUGAUGUGGCCUGUCCUGGAGUGUGUGAAUGUGUGUGUAUCUCAGGCAGGCGUUGGAAGUUUCCACUCUUGUGGUGGUGAUGUGCUGAAGUCAGGCGCUUGUGUGCGUAGCCUUGGGGACAGUUGAAGCUUAGAAGCAAGCUGAGGGCAGGGCAAUACCUCUUGGGCACCAGUUGGUGCCAUAGUGUGCUCCGUGCGGGCAAGAAGCGCUCAUGCCGAUGGCUGUUCGUCUUCUCCCCUCCUGACCCAAGCCAACCCUGCGGAAGGACAUUUCCUUUGGCAUGAGUGUGCGGUGGGACAGUGUGAAGGCAGGUUGGUGAAGUCCCGCAGGGUGCAGCUGAUUCCCAUACCCCAGCAGAUGGCAACAACUUGCAACGACAGGGCAGGAGUGCACGGCUGAUCGAAUGCCGUUAUGCCGGAGUUUCUGUACCGUACCGUCGCUGUUCCGUUGCUUGCUGACUGGAAGUUUGC